AUGCUCCUGGCCCGGAUGAAUCCGCAGGUGCAGCCAGAGCGCAGCGGGGCUGGCCAGGGGCCGGGACAGCUGGGGCCCCAGCAGCCCCAGCAGCAAUCCCAGCCGCCACCGCCUCUGCAACCCACUCGGAAAGCUGUGGAGCUGGUGUUGGUGAAGGAGCAGAACGGGGUUCAGUGCGUUCUUGCGCCCCGAGGUGGGGACUCGCAGCCUCGGGAGACCUGGGGCAAGAAGAUCGACUUCCUCCUGUCUGUGAUCGGUUUCGCGGUGGACUUGGCCAACGUUUGGCGUUUUCCUUACCUCUGCUACAAGAAUGGUGGCGGGGCUUUCCUGAUCCCCUACACCCUGUUCCUCAUUAUUGCUGGGAUGCCUUUGUUCUACAUGGAGUUAGCUUUGGGCCAGUAUAACCGGGAAGGAGCUGCUACCGUGUGGAAAAUCUGCCCAUUUUUCAAAGGUGUUGGCUAUGCUGUUAUCCUAAUCGCACUCUAUGUGGGCUUCUACUACAACGUCAUCAUCGCAUGGUCUCUCUAUUACCUGUUCUCUUCAUUCACCCUUAAUCUUCCCUGGACCAACUGUGGCCAUCCUUGGAAUAGUCCAAACUGCACAGACUCCAAGUUCCUCAAUGGUUCUCUGUUAGGUAAUGGAACCAAAUACUCCAAGUACAAGCACACACCAGCAGCUGAAUUCUAUGAGCGUGGUGUGCUUCACCUUCAUGAGAGCAAUGGAAUUCAUGACAUUGGCAUGCCCCAGUGGCAGCUCUCUCUGUGCCUGAUGGUUGUCGUCGUCAUCCUCUUUUUUAGCUUAUGGAAAGGAGUGAAGACAUCUGGAAAGGUAAUGAUCUCUACUAACAGAAAAUAUCUAGAACUGGAAGCAACCUUUGAAAUUAUUUAGCCCAUUGUAUGUUAUGAGGAAAUUGAUAAGAAUUGCCAAAGGGAUGCUCUGCUAACUAGCACUAUCAACUGUGUCACAAGUUUCAUCUCUGGGUUUGCAAUCUUCUCCAUAUUGGGCUACAUGGCUCAUGAACACAAGGUCAAGAUUGAAGAUGUGGCAACAGAAGGUGCUGGUUUGGUUUUCAUCCUUUAUCCAGAAGCCAUCUCCACCUUGUCAGGAUCCACUUUUUGGGCCAUCGUUUUCUUUAUCAUGCUGUUGGCUCUGGGUAUUGAUAGCUCGAUGGGAGGCAUGGAGGCUGUCAUCACUGGCCUUGCAGAUGAUUUCCAGAUCCUUAAGCGUCACAGGAAACUUUUCACAUUUGCUGUCACCUUUGGCACCUUCCUGAUGGCUCUGUUUUGUAUCACUAAGGGUGGAAUAUAUGUGCUGACAUUACUGGAUACAUUUGCUGCUGGAACUUCCAUCUUGUUUGCUGUUUUAAUGGAAGCCAUUGGUGUUUCAUGGUUCUAUGGUGUGGACAGAUUCAGCAAUGAUAUUCAGCAGAUGAUGGGGUUCAAACCCGGACUUUACUGGAGGCUCUGCUGGAAAUUUGUGAGCCCGGCCUUCCUAUUGUUCGUGGUGGUUGUCAGCAUCAUCAACUUCAAGCCCCUCACCUAUGAUGAUUAUGUCUUCCCUUUGUGGGCCAACUGUGUGGGCUGGGGCAUUGCCCUCUCCUCCAUGGUAUUAGUGCCUGCCUACAUUAUCUACAAAUUCCUGAGCUUGAGGGGUUCCUUAAGAGAGAGACUGGCUUACUGCAUUACUCCGGAAAAUGAGCACCACCUUGUGGCACAAAGGAAUGUCAGGCAGUUCAAGCUCCAGCAUUGGCUAGCAAUUUGA